AUGAUUACUCCAAGGUUCGAAAUCCAUUCAAUAAACUUACCUCUUAUAAUAUCUUCUCUUGCAGCCCUUGGCAUUGCCAUUGUUUUAUUAUCCUGCAUUGUUGGAGCCUGCAUCAUUGCUACAUCCAUCGUCUUCUUGUUCGAUUACGUUGUCUGUGAAUGUCUCAAUUGGCCGAUAUUCGGGAAGUUGUUUUCCGAUAUGAUAAGAAGAGGGAUUCAUCGAGUUCGGACUGCGACUCACCGUGCGAUAAUAGUUCACUAUUUGCAACCGUUGGAUACGGUCGAAGGUUCCCCGGAGAGAAUUCAUUGCAGACAAGUGUUGAGGCAGCAGGCCAUGGAGAAAGCAUUGCCUCCGAUGGUUUACGGGGUCGACAAACAUCCGAUGGAAACCGAAGACUGUCCGAUUUGCUUGGAUGAAUAUGUGGUUGGUGAACCAUGCAGGGUUUUUCCGGAUUGUAAGCACAUGUUUCAUUCGAGGUGCAUUGAUCAUUGGCUCUGGAAUCAUCUAACAUGCCCUGUUUGUAGAAGAUGUAUUUAAGAUGCAUAAACAUUGCAUGUAUAAUGUAUUGGUCAUAGUUGUAAAAAAA